AAGUUCAAAAAUAUGCCGACCCCAGAUCCACCGUCCAACACAAGCAAAGGAAAAGCUAAAGCAGCACCCUCCUCAACAUCAUCGCAACCUGUUCCCCAUGUUCCCGCCAUAACACCCACAGACCUCUCCUCCCUCCUCCCCUCCAAAACACAAGGCCCAUCGACAACCACCGGCGGAUCGAUACAACUGGACACAGCCGUCUUCUCGACACCCAUUCAUGAAGACUAUCUGGGAGGGAGACGUGCAUAUCAUGUCCCGACCGGAGAGGUUCUAACCGAGGAGGAUUUGUUUGCGUCUGGGAUUGGGAAUUUUGAGCGUGAAGAUAAUGGGGUGUUGUUACCUGAUUUACCGUCCAUUUCCCAAAUCACCACCGAUCCGGGAGCGGAUUAUAGCGUGGAUGCAACAGACGGGGCAGACGUACUAGACUUUCUACGAUCGUCAGAGUACACUACGACCAUUUACGGCUCACCCCCCGCGGCUCGUCCCAUGAUGGGACCCACCACGUUGCAAUCAACAUCGCUUCGAGCGACACUCCAAGAUGGGGAGGAAGCCAUUGCGUACCUCCGUGAUAUGCGCUAUGCAAGAGAUGUGUAUGGGUUAGAGGAUGCGGUAGAAGAGUUUCAUUUGGCUGUGCAGGCUUAUCAAGAGGCGGUGGAAACGGGCGGGACGCAACAGAGUGAGACGGAAAAGAGAGUCAAGGCGGCUGUGGAGAGAUUAGGCAUGUUGAGACAGCAUUUUGGAAAUGGACGGGGGACGUCUUCAUGAUAAAGCAUAUUAUGCAUUUUUAUUUAUGUAAAUAAUCACCAUUGCAAUAUGCUCUUGUUCAACUCACA